CCCAUAUGGUGUACCAAGAGGUUUGGUCCAAUGCUGCUGUGGGCCAACAGGAGAGGGAAGGCUGGGUGGGGGCAGAACAGAAGGGAGAGGACAGCAGGGCAGACUCUCUCCCUCCCAACACCUGCACCUGGUCACUAGAUUCACACUCAGAACUCCCUUUAGAAAAGGCUCAAUUUAAAGGGACCAGCCUCUCCGCUCACAUGACGGUGAUGGUCGCUGCCAUCCAGGCUUAAACUUUUUUUUUCUUUCUUUCUUGGAAACAGUGGAGGAACCGUUCAGGGAUCAGCUGUGUUUUUCCUUCUUCUCCCCCCCUUUUUUUCUCUUUUUUUGGGAACAAAUGCAGUCGGUUAAUAUCGACUGAUUAGUCAGGCAGCGCUUCUUUCUUUUCUUUCUUUCCUUUUUUUUUCUUCGUUUUUCCUCUCCAGGGGAAUUCAGCAAACCUAUCGGAUUGUUUUAUUCCUGCGCAGCGCUGCUGAGGGAGAUUUUCUCUCUUCUUCUUUUUUUUUUUCCCAGCUCCGAGGCACCAAAACGCGGGGAACGCUGCGGGAACAGAUCCGCGCAAGUUUUGUGGAUCCUCCGAGGCGUUUUAUAUUUUUGAGAGUCCAGGAGAAAAAAAAGAGAAAGAACCAAAAGAUUUAGAUCUCUGCGGGCCCUACCUGCAUGACGGUUACCAUGACAGCAUCUGGAGCCCGACUCCUCCUGUUGGCCUUGUGUGUUUACAGAGGCUGGGGCCUGCAGCAGUCUGCGCCCAGGGUCCGCCUCUCCUUCAAAGAACUGAUGGACACGAGGGCAGCGAGACCCUUCAGUUUCUCCUUCAACACCAGCGACUACCGCAUCCUCCUGAUGGAUCAGGAUCAGGGCCGUCUGUACCUGGGCAGCCGGGAGUACCUGGUGGCCCUGGACAUGCACAAUGUCAACAAAGAGCCUCUCAUCAUCCACUGGCCGGCGUCUGCUAAAAGAAAGGGAGAAUGUCAGAUGACAGGAAAGGGAAGACAGGGCGAGUGUGCCAACUUUGUGCGCCUGAUAGAGCCGUGGAACCGCACCCACCUCUACACCUGUGGGACGGGGGCGUACCAGCCCAUCUGCACCUUCAUCAACAGGGGCUGGAGAGCAGAGGACUACCUGUUCCGGCUGGUCCCUGGGUACGUGGAUUCAGGGAAGGGGAAAUGUUCCUACGAUCCCAAACAGGAGAACAUCGCCGUUCUGAUCCAUGGUAACCUGUACGCAGGCGUCCACAUUGACUUCAUGAGCACAGAUGCCGCUCUGUUUAGGACCAUGGGAGGGAGAACAGCGAUCAGAACGGAGCAGUACGACUCCAGGUGGCUCAACGAGCCUGUGUUUGUUCAGAUCCAGCAGAUCCCUGACAGUGCAGAAAAGAACGACGACAAGCUUUACUUCUUCUUCCGUGAGAAGAGCCUGGACUCGAGCGGCGGGGCGAGCCCCAGCGUUUUAGCCAGAGUGGGCAGAGUGUGUCUGAAUGAUGAAGGAGGGCAGAAGUCCCUGGUGAACCGCUGGACGACGUUCCUGAAGGCUCGCCUGAUCUGCUCGGUGAUAGGAGAAGACGGAGUGGAGACGCGGUUUGAUGAACUACGAGACGUGUUCAUUCAGCCGACGCAGGACGAGCGAAACCCGAUGGUGUACGCUCUCUUCACCACAGCUGGCUCUGUGUUCAAGGGCUCAGCCGUCUGCGUCUACUCGAUGGCUGAUAUUCGCAACGUCUUCAACGGGCCGUUCGCCCACAAGCACGGCCAUAAUUACCAAUGGACCGAGUACACUGGCAAGAUUCCCUACCCCCGGCCUGGAACAUGUCCAGGGGGAACGUUCACUCCCGGUAUCCGCUCCUCCAAGAACUUCUCGGACGAGGCCGUGAACUUCAUCAGAGCUCACCCCCUCAUGUUCCAUCCCGUUUAUCCUAUCCACCGCCGCCCCCUGGUGGUGAGAACCGGCGUGGACUACCGCUUCACUGCCAUGGUGGUGGAUCAGGUGGAUGCUGUGGACGGCCGCUACGAGGUGCUCUUCCUGGGGACAGAUCGAGGCACCGUCCAGAAGGUUAUAGUUCUGCCCAAGGACCCAACGAGCAUGGAGGAACUGACACUAGAGGAAGUGGAGGUGUUCCGGAGCAGAGCUGCAGUCAAAACGAUGAAGAUAUCCUCUAAACGACAACAGCUGUACGUGUCAUCAGACGCGGGGCUGACCCAGGUGUCGCUGCACCGCUGCGGCGUGUACGGCCGGGCCUGCUCCGACUGCUGUCUGGCUCGAGACCCCUACUGCGCCUGGGAUGGAGAGAGCUGCUCCGCCUUCACCCCGUCCACAAAGAGGAGGAGCAGAAGACAGGAUGUCAAACACGGUGACCCGCUGAGGCAGUGCAGAGGCUUCAACGCCAAAGAGAAGCGUCUGAGAGAGACGGUGCAGUUUGGGGUGGAGGGCAGCAGCACCUUCCUGGAGUGUCAGCCUCGCUCUCCUCAGGCCACCGUCAAGUGGCUGUUCCAGAGGGAGGGAAAGAGGAAACUGCUCAACCGUGCGGGAGGCAUCCUGAAGACCAACCACGGCAUCCUCCUGAAGUCUCUCAACCAGUCAGACGGGGGGCUGUACCACUGCCUCGCCACCGAGAACAACUUCAAACACACGGUGGCCCGCGUGGCGCUGCGCAUCCUCGACCGAGACAUCGUGUUGGCCCUCACUGAUCAAGACGAGGAGGAGGAGCCCAAAACCCGCCAGGCGGGGCCGUACGUGCAGUCCUCCGUCGCCUCCACGCCAUUCCCGCCGGAGAUAAGACUGAUCAACCAGUACUGCCAGUCGUACUGGGAACAGCUCAGCCCCAAACAGCAGCAGCAGCAACAGCAGCAGCGCAAACGCACCAGCCGCAGGCACACAGAGAGCCAGGACCAAGGCCUCGGCUAGAGGGCCGCGCUGACGCCGUCCAGCACCGGCCUGUCUGGACUUUUUGGUGGACUUUUAUGUUUUGACGUGCAUGUUCGCGUGUCACCUCCGGUCAUGAGGCGGGUGAUGCCGUCAUGCUGUCGUUAAAGUACCAUAUCGGUGGUUUUGCAAAACAAUAGCUGAGGAAACAGAAAUUGUGUAUAUUUUACAUGACCUGCGACCACUUCCCCAAGAGCGCUGUACAGCUUUAGAUGGAUUCUUUUUUUCGCUUUCAGGUUUCGGUUCAUGUUAGCGUGACAUUUAAAAGAACGUAGAGAUUUGACACUGGAUCAUCCGUCACAACUGACUGUUUUAAAACGUCUUGUUCAGGUGCUUAAAUCCUGGUGCCUACAUAUCCCACAAUGCAACUCAGCCACUAAGUGACAUCACUGGAGGCAGCUUAAAAUGCAGCUUCCUCUGGAGCUACAAAAUUCUGUUGACGAACGAGGAAAUGCUUUAUAAACCAUUUAUUAAGAUAUUAAGAAAUCGAAACACCAAUUGCGACUUCAUAAUGACCAAAAUAAUGUUUAUAGCUGAAGGACAACAGAUUGUUUUAAAACGUCUUGUUCAGGUGCUUAUGGGAAACUCCUGCAUCUGUGACUCCGGGAAUCACAAGGAAAGAUCAACAUAUUUAGUACAAUAAAGAAAGUCUGGAAACACUUCAUUAAAGGGUAAGUCCACCAAUAUUACACUCUGAAAUGUGUUUACAGCUCCAGGGGAGUACAACUGCAAACUGUGUGUGAAAGAAGUGAGAACAAAGCCUUUUGUGGCUCCAAAGGAAGCUGUGUGUAAUCUGAUAAGUUUCCUACAGUGAUAUCAGUUGGUGGUUAAGUUGAAUUGUGGGUAAUGUAGGCAAUGGGUUUUAAAAAGAGGUUCAGUGGUCUAGCAUUGCACUCCUACAACACUGUUGGACAUGUGAUCAAAAUCGAUACAGAAAAGCCUUUUUUUAUAUAAACCUGGUGCUUUAUAAGCCAUUUAUUAAGAUAUUGAGAAUUCUAAACACCAAUUGCUAACUUUAUGAUGACCAAAGUGAUGUUUAUAGCUGAACGACACUGUAUUUAUUAACCAUGGCUUCAAAUGGUUUAUAAAGCAUCUGAUUUUUAUCAACUUAAGUUUAAUCAACUUUAAACUUGAAUUUACCAGUUAAUGACAGUGCUACAAAAAACUGUAUCUCUUUUACAGCAGACAUGCUCGAACAUCAUGUCUCCUCCAGGUUUGAUUUUCUAUAGAUUGUCUUCAGCUGAUUCGUAGAUUUCGAACGCACUGAAAAAUGAAGCUUUUUUUUUCAAAACACAUCUGGAUUGCACCUGGACAGACGGGUCACGUGUUGUUGUUGAUUUGGGUAAAAUGGCCGGUGUGAUGUAAAGUAUACGUCGACCUCAACGCGCAAAACCGCAGAUACGGUACUUUCAAGUAUCAUGAAACAGAAAUGUAAUAUAUUGAUUGUGAAUAUAAUAUAUAUGGUCAUUGGAUUACUCUUGUAUUGUAUGGACAUAAUAUGAUGAAUGCAGAUGUUGCAUGCAUACCUGUCGCUGUGUGUUGUAAGUUGUACAUUUUUACUGCCGUUCCGUUUUUUCAGCCUUGUCGUGUGACGAUGUUCGUGAGCUGUACCGUGUUCUGUUAAGCUAAAUUCCAUUGGAUGUUUGUCAUAUAAUGACUCCCUUACUGUCCCGUGCUCUAGUGACCUGCAGUACGCGAAUGUUGAAGAUAUGUAUCGCGUACGGUGUUCUUCCAGUUAUGCACUUUGUCGGUGGUGGUAUUCGAGGGGAAUUGGGGAUUCUUUGCACAGAUGUAUGAGAAAAAUGCUAAAAUAACGUAAUGUUUUCUUUUUUUUUUAUGUACAGUAUGUUUUAAGAAAAAAAAACUAUGGGAAUGAAACUGGCUCAGAUUUAGUAUUGGUUGUUGUUGUUCCGUCAUAAACUGUAUUUACAGGUUGUUUUUUUCUUUUUUAAAAAAUGGCUAAAAACAGAAGCGCGUAAAAAACAAGAUAUUUUCCAGCGAGAGCCGCCGUUCACCUCCGUCGUGAGUAACACAGUGUUUGUCACGCUGAUGAAUCCUACACUGGAAAUGUUCAAACAAGUAUAUAAAACAUUUCUGACUUCUCUUAA